AAGCAUAAAAGGCAUUCGAAAAUGUGCUUGGAAUAAAAUCAGUAGUGAGUGUGGAUCGUUGGAAGCAAUUAGUAAAGUCGAAGACGAAAAUGACUGCAGUUUCUAUCAAGUACUUAGCUGCAUUGCUGCUGGUAGUCGGCGUCAUCUGCAUCAAAGCCGAUGGCACGGAAAACGCCGAAACAGACGCGGAAAUAUUUGCUUCCCGAGAUGGAUUGUUAAACUUCAUACGCAACGAGGCCCUUACAUUAAAAGCAUAUAUUUUUAAACGGAUUGAGGAAUUAUGCAAGAAGAUAAAUGACGAAGAUCUAAAUACACUUAUAUACAAGAACAAAACAAGUGAAGCACCUGACGAAUCUGAAGCAGCAGAUACUCGCGAAACAUUGCAGAGAAAAUGUAUUGGCCGCCUCCUGUCACCUUUCGAUUUCGACGAUCGAGAAGAACUCCUAUUGCUUAAGUAUGGCUUGGAUGAUAUUCGAAAAGAUAUGGAUCGAAAAAAUAAGGAAUUCUUUGAAGGGAUUUUGCGGCGCAUUGGUAAAUAUCCGAAGGGUUUGGCACCGGAGCAGCAAAGCAAACCGACGGCCUGAAAUCUGUAAGGGUGGUCAAUUAGAGAUGCCUCAACUUUGGCGGGCUAAAAGAUAGAGUUUCUAAGUUUCAUGCGAUUCUAUUUAUUUGAGGAAGGUGUUUAGUGUGCGAGCUGUUCAAUGCUCUAAGUUAAUUAUAUUGGAAAAUAAAAUGUUUGAAAAUGCAAGUA